CACAUUUUUGAAGCUUUUAUUUUUUGUUAUAUGAUUUCAUCAAAUUUAAUAUCUAAGAGGAACUUAUUCUAAGUUAAAUGAAGUAAGUCACACGGGCAAAUUUAUAUAAAAUGAGAUAUGGAUAUUUGAUCAUUGUGACCCAUGCAAAUUGGGCGACGUGUUUUAGGACUAAACUUUGAAAAUUUUCGGUGAUUUUUAUUCUAAGAAAUUAUAUAAAUUAGGAAACUACACCUGCGGCAUCAACUUCAAACAUUUCAUCAUGAUGAUGUUUAUCCAGUGCCUCACUCUGAUGCUUCUAUAUGGCGGAGGAGUGGGUGGUGUGACCAUCACCAGACUGUCGGUGCCCAGAACUGUGCUCGCCAACACGUCCUCGGUGACCAUGGACUGCGUCUACACCGUGCCAGACCAGCAGCGACUGGGGCUCGUGGUCAAGUGGUACGUUGACAUGGUCCACCUGGUCUACCAGUGGAUACCCCCCCAGAAGCCCCAGGCGCUGGGUCUGCUCAGUGACAGGGUGGACACCAGCUACAAGGCCGCGCGAGAGUGGUGGGCCGAGUACAGGGCCAUCAGAAUAACGAAGUUAGACCCGACCUUGUCCGGUGAUUAUUCCUGCACCGUCAGCACUUAUGAGGACGAGGACACCAGCACAGCGCCUCUACUAGUCUGGGUGCCAUCGUCAUCCGUACGCGUGCACUACUGGCGAACGUCGGCCACUCAAGUGAAUGUAACCUGCGUGGCAAGAAACGUUGCACCGCGGCCUGAUUUUACCCUCUACACGCUCUACCCUGACCGUAACAGGAUGGACGUGGGCUCGGUGGGCCGAAUGGAAGCGUCCCGAGGCGGUGGGUUGUGGGACGUGGGUGAGUGGGGUCUCAUAGACUGGGCCCGCACCCCACCCGACACCGUGGUGGGCUGCAUCGUUACCGUGCAGCUCACCAAGUAUAGGGAUAUCCACGAGACAAUCUACGAUCCCAAUCUGCCUAUCAUCACUACCACCACCACGACAACCACCACCACCACACCCAGACCACGACACUCCUCCAACCUGGCCAACAACGCACCUAGCACCGGCGCCAGUCUGCUAGAUUUCUCCGGCCUCUUCGGUGCAGCAAACCGUGGGUCCCGGAGAAGAGCAGGCUGGUAUCUUAAGAGCUUAUCAGGGUUAUUUCUCGGUCUUUACCACUGGCGCCGAGGACAUCUAUAAGCGCGGUGCUGCUGCAUAUAUGCAAUAGAUAUAAUUCACUACAAAGAUCUAAAUGUUUCGUAAGUGUUACCUAUCGAUGGAAACUUUGCCCUCUAUAGCCGUGUAUUUUUUCUAUAUUUCUGAGAUUAUUUGUGCUAUCAUUAAAGACAUGAGCACGCGUCAGUUGUUUGGGAUGACGGAGCGAACCAGUCGCUUACGACGAAGGAUUUUACGUGUGAAGUAUUGGGAAAACCUGUAUCACAUACAGGGAAUUAUUUUUAAUGAGAUAACCCCAUUAAAAUCAAAACCAGAUGCAUAACUAAAUGAAAUGCCACUAACAUUGAACUUUAGAGCAUUUAGAAGCUCACUUUACGUGAACUAUAAUGUCGGCUUAUGGGUUUUAAUGCAAUUAAAUCGUAAUAUUUCAGUACUUCUACUGCCUGUUAGUUCCCGCGAGAAAAAGUUGAAGCUAUAUUUACUAAGCAUAAAGUGAAAUUAUAACUCGAAUCGAAGUACAUAGAUACAUUUUUUGCGUGUGUUUUUAAGAAAUGUCAAUUGAAAGUGGAGUUAAAUGGAACGAUGUUUUCUCUAAUAACGAUAAUAUAUGUGUUUAACAGUUUAUUAAAAGUUCCGAAAUUAUUCGUAAUUGAAUUUGACUUGACGUAAUUGAAUUUGAGCUGCCUAAAGCAUAUAGGCGAUAUGAGCAAUGAAUGAAAUUCUAAAAACAGCGCAAGUGCAUCGCUAUUGCAAGUAUAUGUUUAAAUUUGACUUUACUUUAAGCCAGUUGCAGGCAGUCCUUCAGAUUUUACAUAGUGCAAAACAAAUUUUACAAGCAAGACAAUAUAUAAUAAUUCCAUCACAACUUCAUUCUAAACCGGAUGACGUUAUUUAACGGCUCCUUACUUACAAAAAUGAAGGAUUGGGUAGGUCUAUGUCGUGAAAAUUACCUUUCGGCAAUUUGCGAAGAACAUUAAAUAGCUCAUUCGUUUCUCACAGCUCGACUGUAAAUAUAUAAACUAACUCGUACUUCAUUCAAUAUUCAUGGAUUCACUACUUGAAUCAUUUGCUCUCCCGUGUUCACUGUGAAGAUUAUAUUGACAAAUAUGAGCACCUUGAAUGUCAUGUGACUUAUUCGCAAGGAAUUGUAGCCACCCUUUGACUCACAGUCUAAAAUACAGGUCAUAUUGCCAAGGUUUUGAAACCCGUCAGUGUUACGCCUAUAGGGGCCUAACUGUGUCAUCGGUGAAUCAUCGGUGAAUCAUCGGUGUGUCGGAGGCGAAGUGUAAAAUCCAUUCGCGCAUUCCGCACUCUCCAUAGUUCGGAAUCGUCUGCUAGUUAUCACCCUCGACUCACUUUUGAAUACAAGUCUUCUUUUGAUCCUAUCUUCAUUAUUGCCUCCAACGCGAGACAUAUACGAACAAGGCGCUACAGUCAGACAUUUUCAGAUAACUGGAAUUCUACCAUAGAAUUUCACGUAAAAAAAACAACUGGAUUUUUUAAACAUGUGAUUAUCCUAUUAUUUUAACGGCGUCCGCAGCGUUUUUGCUGAAUUAGAAGCAGCGCGCGGAUCAGUUAUAAAUCUGAGCGCUUGUUAUUCAUUUAAAGCUUAGUUAGAAAGUUGGCUUUCGUUAAAAAAAGACUUGAUACAUUAUUACUGCUGUUGUAUCCUGAUUUAUGACUGGUCACGUGCAUUCACAUGAUUAUGGAUGCAUUUUUUAGCAUAGCAUGCAUAUAUGUUAAUGAAAGUUAAAUUUACUAUUUAAUUAAAUGCAUUAUUUACUAUUCAUUAAUAAUCAAUUCCAUACUUUUUAAAUCAAAACUCUCGGAACGUCCAAAAAAUUUCUCAGCAUAGGCGUAAAAAAUACGAACUAAUGAAGCAUAAUUUCUAACGCAUUGUUUAUUAAAACUACGAAUGACGAUCAUGAUGUAAUAAUUCUUGUAUUUGUGUACUUUGUACAUUGUGUACUCUCGCUGUGAGUGUUUCAAAUAAAUCUUAUUUUUGUAUUGUA